AUGAUGGCCUCCAACCUUCUUUCGCGGCUUCUGCCCGCCGCCGACGAGAAUUCGGCCUACGAGCCCCUCGCACAACACCCUCCUCGCGGCCGCAGGCCCGCCGCCGACGACAACGCCAGCCUCACCCUGGACGAGGAGAAUCUCGAAGCCCGCUUCCAAGACACCGACCUGGAGCAUCUGCUUGCCGAAGCUGCUGACAGCCAGAUUACCACCCGUAGCCCCACCCUCCCCCCAGACAACAACAACAACAACACCCAGCCCAACCGCAGUAUGGCACCGCCGCCUGCUACGACUCACAACAGGCCGAGGUGGAUGCAACCUGCUCCAUCGCGCCCGCCUGCCGCCCGGAUGGACGAGGAUGACGAUGUCCCCGAGUCCUUGUUGCUGGACAGCGACAGACCUUCUGCUGCCCCACCUCGAGAGCACCCGCGCCAGACCCAAGUCCGUCCCGACCGCUUGCCCUCGCCUGUCCCCGGUCCGUCUACCCACGCCAACAGGACCCAGUGGAACACAACCAGAGCCCAACAACGCCUUUACGGCGACUCCAGGCCAGCGCCCCAACGCCGCCACUUCGGAGCACAGCUUGGCACCAACGGCAUUGUGUUCACGGACCCCAAAGAAGAGGCCAUGUGGAGAUGGGCCAACGUGCAUAACCUCGACCGCUUCUUGACCGAAGUCUACACCUACUAUCAGGGUCACGGGAUGCAGUCGAUCCUGUUGAAUCAGUAUCUCAACCUACUACGCACCGCUUGUGUUGUUGCAACCUGCACAAUCCUGCUCUUUGCCAUCAACUAUAAGAAAAUCCAUGAGAGCAACUCGAUUCGGGACAUCUUCGUCGAGGAUGCAAUGAGAAACAUCCACGGCUUCUGGCUCUGCGGUCUAUGGGUUUUCAUCGUUGUCUGGGUCUACAAGCUUGUCCAGGUAACACUGAGCAUCCGUCCUCUCUGGCUCAUGCGAGCCUUCUAUCAGCACCUUCUCGACAUUCCAGAAAGCGACAUCCAGACUGCAACAUGGCAGUUGGUGGUUCAUAGACUCAUGGCCCUCCGGGACGCGAACUUAACCACUGCCGAGAACAUCUCCGCCGCUGACCGCAGAGAACUUGGUGCCAAUUCCAAACAACGCAUGGAUGCUCACGACAUCGCGAACCGGGUUAUGCGCCGGGACAAUUACCUCAUCGCCCUUUUCAACAAAGAUAUCCCGAAUCUUACCGUACCCCUUCCGUUCUUUGGGGAUAUCCAGUUCUUCUCAAGAACUAUGGAACUACUCCUUGAAACUUGCGUGAUGCAAUUUGUCUUCACGGCCGACGGCCAUGUCCGCCGCGAAUUUCUCACGAGCAAGGAGAGACGGAAUCUGAUCGACUGCCUCAAUCAGCGGUUCAAAAAAGCGGCCAUUUUGAGCGUUUUAAUCGCACCGGUUUCCGUCAUUUACUUUGUCGUCUCGUAUUUCUUCCACUACUUCAGCGAAUUUCGAAAGGACCCUUCUCAACUUGGCUCACGGAUGUUCACACCCAUGGCAGAAUGGAAAUUUCGUGAAUUCAACGAACUGCGGCAUCUCUUCGAGCAGCGACGCAACCUGGCGUACCCGUAUGCUGACCGUUACCUAAAUCAAUUUCCUAAGAACAAGUCGGACCAGCUUUGCGAAUUCGUCGCGUUCGUUGUCAGCAUUGGGAUUGCAGUGCUUGUUCUCGGCUCCUUACUCUAUCCCGAGACCAUCACUCGCCUGGAGAUUCUGCCUGGAAAACCAGUCUUCUUCUGGAUUGGUGUCCUCAGUGCGCUAUAUGCUGCUGCCCGGAAUCAAAUCACGAAUCCCGCAGAUAUCAUCAUGGAGCCAGAAGUCGCUCUGAAAGAAGUCAUUGCUAUCACUCACUAUUGCCCAGCGUCAUGGCGCGAUCGGCUGCACACGGACGAAGUCCGAAGGGAAUUUUCUCAAGUCUACCAAAUGAAGAUUGCCAUCUUCUUGGAGGAGCUUCUUAGCAUGGUCCUGACUCCGUUUGUGCUAUGGUAUAGCCUCCCGCAAUGUAGUGAGCGCAUUGUUGAUUUCUUCCGCGAAUUCACCAUUCACGUGGAUGGCUUGGGCCACGUUUGCUCUUACGCAGUCUUUGACUUCAAGAAGACAGACAACAUUGCGCAAGAUACUCAUGCACAGCAGCACGAAAAUUACCGCAAACAAUGGUUUAGAUCCAAUGAUGGGAAGCUAGACGCCUCGAUCAACGGUUUCCUGCAAGCAUACAGUCGCAAUCCUGGCAACCGCGGCCCGACCGCACCACACUUUAACCUUCCUCCUGCCUUUAACCCCUUGGCCGGCUCGUCCACUGGGAUAGACCACGGACUAGCCGGUGCGCGUAACCCAGCGCCGCGGCGCGGAGGCCAACGUGCAGCCUUGAGGUCAACAGCAGCAGCCGGCCCAGGUUCUCCCAUGGGGUCCGUACUACUUGACCCUCACCACCAGCCGUCGGCCAUCAACGCUCGCCAUUCGCCUCAUACUGCUGCCCGCUCACGGUACAAUCCGAACCGCAAUCCGUCGAGGCACCUGGAUGAAUUGGAUGAAGAAGUAGAUGCGAGGGCGGCUGAUGCGAGGCAGAUGCUAUCGCACGGCCAAAUCCCAGAGGAUGAUAGCAAUCUUGGUGAAUCUUGGCUCCCUAAUGCCUCCAGUGGUGGCGGUGAUGAGGAUGACCUAGAUGCCGCGGAUGGUGCCAAGGGUGCCGGUGUUCUGGGCCUGUUGCAGCAAUUCCAGAAUGCUCAUGCCCAAGGCCGCGGGCCUGGCGUCUAG